CAACAAUUCGCGAAAUUCUCAGAAGCUAGUGAAGGUGGAGAGCAGAGGAAGCAGCAGAGACGACGUCGCAUUCGACGAGUCGGCCUACGAGGCCGAGAGGCUCAGGCUCGACGCCAAGGCACGAAAUUCGAUGGCCGAGACGUCGGAGAGAGAGAUCGCCGACCAUGACGACCCGAGAGCUUGGAAAUGGGCGAUCCGAAAGCGGGUUUGGGAUAUGAUGGAGGCCCAGAACAUAGCCCAGUUCCCUCGGCCCGUUCACCAUCGUAUUCCCAACUUCGUUGGAUCGCCAGCCGCUGCUAAUAAGUUGAGUGGAUUGGAGGUGUUCCGGGUGGGGAAUUGUGUGAAGGUGAACCCUGAUUCCCCGCAAAAGCAAGUCAGAUUCCUUACACUUAACGGUGGAAAGAAGUUAUUAACGCCUCAACCGCGUCUAAGGACUGGGUUUUUCUCUGUACUUGAAUCCCAUAUGUUAACUCCUAGUACCAUCAAUGAGGCAUGCACCUCUGUUGGCGUUGCCAAGUAUGGAAGGCCAAUUGGAUUGGAUGAAAAAAUAAAGGUGGAUCUAAUUGUCAUCGGCUCAGUGGCUGUUGACCCUAAGACGGGUGCUCGACUUGGCAAGGGUGAGGGAUUUGCAGAACUGGAGUAUGGGAUGCUGAGGUACAUGGGUGCUAUUGAUGAUUCAACACCAGUUGUCACAUCUGUGCAUGACCAACAAUUGGUAGAUGAUAUUCCAGUUGAGAAGCUAUUAAUCCAUGAUGUACCGGUUGACAUCAUAUGCACUCCAACACAAGUAAUUUUCACCAACACACCAAUCCCAAAGCCUCAAGGGAUUUAUUGGGACAAACUGUCUCCUGAAAAACUGGGUCAAAUUCGAAUACUCAGAGAGCUGAAGAGCAAAAUUGAACGGGAAACUGGAGAGAAACUUCCUUGUGGCCCAUCAGAGAAACUCCCCCCUAUGGCUCAGCGCAGGCGAUAA